GGUGAAGGCAGCAGUUCAGGAGCCGCGCGUGAAUCUCCAGUGCUGGCUGAUCCGUCUGUGUGCCAGUGCGACCAUCGGCAUUGACGCAUACGCAACUCAACGAUCAAGUCAACGAUGAUGCAUCGCGGCGCAGAUCCGUAUGACCCGUACAGCCACAGCGGGAUGGCGCCGCAGUUCGACGGGCCUCUGGGCGGGAUGGCUGCGGCAGCCGCACGGCAAGGCAGCACGCCGUCGAUAGAGAUCACCGAGAUGAGCGACGAGGUCCUCAAGUUCACUCUCACCAACUGCCACGACUCGAUGGCAAACGCACUCAGGAGAAUCAUGGUACGUUCUUCUCAGGGGAAGUGAAGUUCCCACCCGACGGUUGGUCAUUGGUGUGUGUGUGUGUGUGUCGGGUGGUCAGUUGGCGGAUGUGCCCACGUUGGCCAUCGACUUGGUGACGGUUGAGGAGAACGAGGGCGCGCUGCACGACGAGUACCUCGCGCACAGGCUGGGCCUGCUGCCCAUCGACUCGCGGCACGUCGCGGAGUACAGGAGGAGACAGGUACAGGCGCACGCACACUCACAGUCACACUCACACACGCUGUCCUGAAUGUGACCAUUGAUUGCGUCUGACUGACUGUCUGCAGGAGUGCUCGUGUGCGGAGAGCUGCGUGCACUGCACUGUGCAGUAUGACCUGGACAUUACCAACUCGGGGGCCGACCAGCGGUGUGACGACAGCGGCGACCUGCCGGUCUACCAUACGGACAUACAGCCAGGGCAGGAGGGGGCUGACGUGCCCAUGCCCGUCCAGCCAGGACAGGUAGGUAUGCCGGCGGGCAGGGCAGGGCAGACAGACACGCACCCAUCCAUUAGGCAGACGCCCCUCUCUGUGCGUGUGCGCUUCACAGGAUGAGCACGGCGGCAUCUUGUUGACCAAGCUGGCCAAGAACCAGCGGAUCAAGCUGCACCUGACCGCCAUCAAGGUAAGAAGUAGCAAACGAGAUGCACACAAAGAAAUGCCGGCCACAACACGGCGGUAUGUCAUUCGUUGGCGCUGCAGGGUUCAGGUCGCGUGCACGCCAAGUGGAUGCCCGUGCAGACAGCAUGCUUCAGGGUGAGCCUGGGAGGGAGGGAGGGAAGGACGGGCCAAAUCUCACCAUGUAAACCUGCUGUGGUGUGUCCUGUCCUGUGUGUGUGCAGAGGGACCCGAUCAUCACUGUCGACCCAGACCGUAUGCAGGCCGCCCCUCUCGACCACAAACUCAGAAUGUAUGUCCACACAUGCACUUGUCCAGGCAGACACCGCAGCCACACGUCCUCACACACCCUGUGUGCUGUGUGUCCCCCGCAGAGCGGCCGCAUGCCCCACAAAGGUGUUUCGCGUCGACGAGGAACAAGGUGACGAAAUGACUGACGGCAGAACCAAAAGAUAGUCUGGCUCUGUGCAUUGCGAAUGGUGUCUGUGCACCCUUGUUGACACACAGAGGAGGGCGGCACCUUUAUCGUCGAGAAGCCCCAGCAGUGCAUGUGAGCAUCCGACCGACCAAGCAUUAAAUCGACCAGGAACGUGUAGACCAACGUGUGUUUCAUGACACUCUCUCUGGUGUUCAGGUUCUGCGAUGAGUGCACCAUGGCAGCCGAGGAGCUGGGUUACCGGGACCUGGUCGCCGCUCGGGAAGACCAGCACAAAGUCCACUUCACCAUCGAGGUACGUAACACACGAACCACACCACCACCACCACCACCACCACACUCGCGAUGUCUUGCUGCCGUUCUGCAGAGCACGGGCGCGAUGCCGGCGGUGAUGAUACUGAAGAAGGCGAUGGAGAUACUGUCGGGCAAGGUCAACGAGCUGCGCGAGAAGCUCAAGGAGAUCCAGAUGGAGCAGGGCGGCGAGGGGGCCGAGGGCAUGCGGGAGGGAAUGGACCUCGACCACGACAUCAUACCUGACGAACUCAUGCUGCCUUAGACACACACAGACAGGCAGACAGGCAGACGAGACGAAACGACUGUGUGUGUCGAUGAUGUCUGGGAGCCUCAUGCGAGAGACAAACAAACGUCUUUAUCUGUCUGUCUGAUUCGUCGGCACACGUGGACACACACAGACAAACUGCCCUUUAUCCGAUGACUCAGAUCCUGCUGCCUG